AUGGUCUUUUGCGGUGAGUGCGGGUCGCCGCUGUCGGCCGACGAUCUGCAGUCGCCCACGUGUCCCCAUUGCGGUGAAACCCGUCCGGGUGCAGAUUGCGCGCCCGUACAAGCGACAUUCCCGUCGCCCGCCAACGAUGCGAUGCAAGCGCUGGCUGAGUACGAGGCGCAACAGCGCGCGGCUGUAGAGCACGCGAACGCGCGUCGACAAGCAGAGCUCGAGGCGCAGAGACAGCAGCAUCUGGAGGUGGCGCAGGCUGCGCGAGCACGACGCGAAGCCGCGGAGCAGGAGGCGCAGGCGAAACUUGCGAGAGCCGCGAAGCUGCGGGCGGAAGCGCUCGUGGCGCAGGAGGAACUCGAGAAACAGGAGGCGAAACGCGCGUUGAAAGAGCGACAGCGCGAGGAAAGUCGGCGAUUGCGAGAGGAGCAGCUACGACGAGAAGCCAAGCGGCGCGAGGCACAGGAGGAAGCGCGUCGAGUGUUCGAAGCCAAGCGGGUGGAGGAGCAACGGAGUGCUCAAGCCAAGCAGGACGAGGACCGACUGCGACUCGAAGCCAUGCGACUGUCGACAUUGACCGAGUCGGCGGCUGCUCUUGUUGCUGUGACUUCAGCUGCUAGGGCGGUUACUGCAGUCGCGCCUGCAACUAUCGCGUGUGUGCAGUGCCACGCAUCGCUAAAAGCUGCGCAGAAAUUCUGUUUGCAGUGUGGCACAAAAGUGGCUGCUGCUGUUGCUCCUGUAGCUGCUGCAGUCCCGUCUAGCAGUAGCUGGUCAUCGCCUGCAGCUCCAAACGUUCUCAGCAGCAGUCGUUUUGCUGAGCCACUGCAGCGAACACAAUCGUCGCUGUCAAAUUCGUCGUCGUCGUCGUUUUCUCUUUCAGGUGGCGAUCAUAAGUGUGCGACGUGCAGUUUCACACUCAAAGCGACGCAGAAGUUUUGCCCGAAGUGUGGAUCAAAGGUAGUCGGUGCUGCACUGCCUCUUGCUCCAGUAGCAGUCCCGUCACCUGUGUCAUCUGUUAGCUCGGUCUCCUCUUUCUCGGCUAUGGAGUUUGCUCCGACAACGUCAAAUACUUGCACCGGAUGCAGCAAGUCUGUGAAGCCGAUGCAGAAGUUUUGCUUGCACUGUGGAACGAAGGUGACGGCCGUUGCGGAACCUGCUGCCAUGGGCUCAAAUUUGCCGUCGUCGUCGUCGUCGUCGUCGUCGUCAUCGUCAUACACUACUGUGCCGUUGCCUGCCCCAAUCCCUACAUUUGGAUCUCAAGCGGAGCCCGCUCCGCAGCCCAGCAGCAAAAAUUGUCCGACAUGCAGCAAAGAGUGCAAGUAUGGAGCUAAAUUUUGCAUGGGCUGCGGCUUCAAUUUUGCCAAGAGCGACGAAGAAGAAGUCGCACGUAACAUGGAAGCUGCACGUCUACGCCGACAGGGGGUUCGUGACCAAGAGCAACAGCAGCGUCACCAGGCUUCACUUAUGGCCAACCAGGCUGCACAAGCGUUUCAGCCGUCCUGGUGA